UGAAAUAUAACCGGAACUUUUACCACACGAAUCUGAAACAACAGCAGUAGCUUUAAUCGGCGCUCACUACUCGGUUGAGAAGUCACAUUUAAGAUUAUUUUGGGGGACUCAAACUGAGUGUGUAACUUAACGCCAUGUCAUCUUUGUGUGGCACCAGCAAUGACUUCCAAGAUGCCGCUCAAGAGUCCAUAGAGAAGCAGGACCAGGAGCAUCCUCGUGUACUUAUUCCUGAACUGUGUCGACUCUUCUACCAGCUGGGAUGGGUGACGGGGACGGGCGGAGGAAUCAGUUUGAGAAGAGGAGACCAGAUCUACAUCGCACCAUCAGGUGUCCAGAAAGAGAGAAUACAGCCAGAAGACAUGUUUGUUUGUGACGUGGACGAGAAGGACAUCAGCUGUCCACCUGCUUGGAAAAAGUUAAAGAAGAGCCAGUGCACCCCUCUCUUUAUGAAUGCCUAUACUAUGAGAGGGGCACAAGCAGUUAUACACACCCACUCCAAGGCUGCUGUCAUGGCAACACUGCUGUAUCCUGGCAAAGAGUUCAGGAUAACACACCAGGAGAUGAUCAAGGGGAUUCGUAAGGGUACCUCAGGCACCAACUAUCGGUAUGAUGAAACUCUGGUAGUGCCCAUCAUUGAGAAUACUCCGGAAGAAAGGGACUUGAAAGACAGGAUGGCUUUGGCCAUGGAGCAGUAUCCAAAUUCAUGUGCAGUCCUCGUCCGCCGACAUGGGGUGUACGUCUGGGGUGAGACAUGGGAAAAAGCCAAGACCAUGUGCGAAUGUUACGACUACCUGUUUGAUAUCGCCGUCCAGAUGAAGCAGUGUGGACUAGACCCUUCAGCCCUCCCAAUGGAAGAGAAGGGAAUAGUUUGACAUUUUCUGGUCCUUUUUAAGAAAGAGACAUUUGUUGCAGAAAGGUCAGUGGAGUUCAAUCAGGAGAGCCGAUUGUAAUCAUCUGCCUUUCAUGCUGGCCUGCUUCAAAAUUGAUGAAAUUUGAUGGUGAGAGCAGAUUCAGAGUUGAAGUAGAUUGAAUGUCUGUGAUCCGGAAGAGGUAUGCUGCAAAGCACUGUGGGACAACUCAUGAGAGAGCAGCUGUCAAAAUCAACGUCCUUGGGUUCAAACGCUUUCCUAUUCAGGUUCGACUGCACUGAAUCAAGAUCUUGUUGUGUGUCAGACAUGAACAUACUGUGCAUCUCAAUUGGUCCGUAAUGGUGAUUACCUGCCUUUGCUUCAAUCAAUAAAAGCUGAUGGAAUGUAAA